AUGGCUAAGCGGUUCGCUGACUCUCAAAUUACGAGAGAAACUUUUAAAGAAAACGAUUCCGGCUCUGAUGAAGAUAAUUCCGGUCACAAACUGGCAUCGGCUGCUGUGAUGAGCAAGCGGAAGAUUGCCAUGCCAAAGAAGAAGAUGGCCUCCUUUCAAAAAAAGCAACCAGAGCCAUUGAUAAAGCCAAUAGAUGCACCAGCUAGCUCAUUUAGCUUUUUGAAGGAUACAAAAAUACCGGAUGGCGAUAGUGAGAAAUAUGCCAAGAUGAAAGCUUUGAACCUCCAAUUCCGCGAAAAAGUUACUUUCUUUAUAGAUCGGGAUCCCUUUGCUGACCUGUCUCCAGUUUGCGAAAAGUAUAAAAUCUUUGUUCAAUCGCUGAAUACCGCAGGAAACAUUCCAGCUAAAAAUACAGCCUCGGAAUCUCAAAAGCCAUUGACUCAACAGAAAUUAUCCGAGGCUCAAGAGUCCUCCGAUGAAGAAGAAAUGAAGGAGGUUAAAGUCGAAGGACCAACUUUCACAAUUGAUACAAAACCACCAACAUCUGAUUCUGUGUUUUCCUUCAGAACCAAGAAGAAAGCUGAGAACGAAGCUGACCACAGCGAUAGUGAUUCUGUCGAGAUAAAGGGUCCUCAAUUCACAUUCGCCGGGUCGGUAAAGAGUGAUGUAUUCAAAUUUUCCACGCCAUCAAACAAGCAGAAAGAUCUAGAAGUUGCCACUGCUACUGUCGAACCAAAAGAACCUCCUGCAUUCUCACUCAAAACUAACGACUCAUUAGAUACGCCAAAAGAGAAGCCGAAGUUUAGUCUUGGCGGCGCGGGAGAAUCGAAAGAGAAUAAGACACCCCCCACAUCAGAACAACAGAAGGACGCCAAAGAGAUCUCGAAACGUAACUUUGAUUUCAGUUUUUCUGCUAACAAAGCUAACACUAAUGGAACUUCCGAGACUAAGAAACCAUCCUUUUCCUUUACUUUCGGUGCCGGAAAAGUUGGUGAAGAUGUAAAAAGCGAUAAACCGGCAGCACCUACAUUCUCUUUCGGUGAGCCAAGCCAAGGUUCCGGCAAUAGUACUGAAACCAAACCAGCGUUUUUAUUCGGUAAAUCAAGUCAGGAUUCGGGUAGCAAAGCAGAAAGCAAGCCAGCUUUUUCAUUUGGUACAUCAAAUCAAGAGUCGGAUGAGAAAGCUGAAGCCAAGCCAGUGUUCUCUUUUGGUGCCCCCAAUUCCUCUACAGCUCCCUCUUUUACUUUCGGGAAACCUGAAACUACAGACAAACAGAAUAAAUCGCCGGAGAAUCUUUAUGGUGCCAAAAGCGGCUUCAAAUUCGCUUUGCCUUUUGAGAAAAGACCUAAAGAUCCAGAAGUUGAUAAGAACAAUGAAUCAAUAGAGCCACCAGCUCAGGAAACAACCGAAAAUGGGCCACAGGAGGAGUCGAAGCCGAUCGAUUUACAGAAUGGAGAAGAAGAUGAGACGCCACUCUUUUCUCAAAGAUCAAAAUUGAUGAUAUUCAACCCAGAUAGCAAGAGCUAUGAUUCAAAAGGUGUAGGUGAGAUGAAAUUGUUGCAGAGCAAAGAAGAUAAAUCUAAAAUAAGAUUCCUUUGUAGAUCAGAUGGUAUGGGCAAUAUACUGCUUAACACAAGAGUUCUUAAAGACUUCACGUAUUCUCCACUGACUGCAGAAAACGAAAAUCUGGUUAAAGUGCCUACGAUAGAGGCAGACAACAAGUUGGUGACGUACAUUGUCAAGUUCAAACAAAAGGCUGAUGGUCGCCAAUUUGUAAAAGCUAUUGAAGACGUGAAGAAAGAUCUGUAA